CUGUUCCGUGGCCUCGAAGUCUAUAGUACAAAAUGUUGUCACGCCCCGCUGUCCUGAGAGCUUCCGGACUCUACCGAAGUUGCCGAAAGAAGUGGGUAGAGUUGCCAGGGACUUUAAAGUGGAAGCAGGGUGACCCGGUCUCUGCAACCUUUGCCCGGAUGGCAGCGACGGUGACGGUGGAGCCCGCCGGCCACUGCUGCUGGGACCAGCCGGUGCGCAUCGCCGUCAGCGGCCUGGCCCCGGGGCAGCCCGUCACGCUGCGCGCGUCCCUGCGCGACGAGAAGGGCGAGCUCUUCCGGGCCCACGCGCGCUACUGCGCCGGCCCCGGCGGCCUGCUGGACCUGACGCGCGCGCCCGCGCUGGGGGGCAGCUUCGCGGGGCUCGAGCCCAUGGGGCUCCUCUGGGCGCUGGAGCCCGAGAAAAUUUCAGUUUUGUGUUUUGUUUCUUCCAAAGAACCUGGACCCUUUCCUGGAAUUGUGGAUAUUUUUGGAGCUGGAGGUGGCCUUCCGGAAUAUCGAGCUAGUCUGCUGGCUGGGAAGGGUUUUGCUGUAAUGGCUUUGGCUUAUUAUAGGUAUGAAGACCUCCCCAAAGACUUAAACAACCUUCACCUGGAGUACUUUGAAGAAGCAGUGAACUACCUGCUUAAUCACCCUCAGGUAAAGGGCCCAGGAGUUGGGCUGCUUGGAAUUUCCAAAGGGGGUGAACUCUGUCUUUCCAUGGCCUCAUUCCUGAAGGACAUCACUGCCUGUGUCAUAAUCAAUGGCUCUGUGGUCAAUGUUGCAGGCGCCUUGCACUACAAGGGUGAAAUCCUGGCCCCUGCACCUGUCAACCGAAAUCGAAUCAAGGUGUCCAAAGAUGGCUUUGCAGACAUUUUGGGUGUCUUUAAUAAUCCUUUGGAAGAGGCUGACCAGAAGAGCUUGAUUCCUGUGGGAAGGGCUGAGAGUGCCUUCCUGUUCCUUGUAGGGCGGGAUGACCACAACUGGCACAGUGAAUACUAUGCCAAUGAAGCCUCUAAGUACUUACAGGCCUCUGGUAAGGAGAAGCCCCAGAUCAUCCUUUACCCAGGGACAGGGCACUAUAUUGAGCCUCCUUACUUCCCCAUGUGCCGGGCUUCUCUGCACAGCUUAGUGGACCGUCCUGUCAUCUGGGGAGGAGAGCCUAAGGCUCAUGCCAUGGCCCAGGAGGACGCUUGGAAGAAGCUCCAGACUUUCUUCCACAAACACUUGGGUGGUAAGGAGAUGAUGCCAGUAAAACUGUAAUCUUUUACUCUGAUCACUGACACUGAUCUUUCCUGAGAACAGCUGCUGCAAUUAGUGCGCAUGUGGUUUUAUUCUUUUAAAUAACUCCUUAGAGUCCCCCUUGUUCAAAUGAACUUACCAAUUAAUUCUCAAGAUUUUUAGAAACUACAUACCUUUUCAGUGAUUUGGUGAGAGUGAUUCUGCAGAAAACACCAGAGGUGGAAAAACUGUGUCAACACCCAACUUACAAGGCUCUCGCCCUGAAACAAAGAGUAAAAUCCAUUAACAGUGCCCUGGAUUGAAUUAUUACUGGUGCUCAUUGUUACUAUUAUAUGCACAUUUGUUUAAUUUUAUUAAUAAAUAACUACUGUGGGAGAAAAACAUGUAAUGUUAAAAAUGGAAUCAGUUUUGCAUUUCUCCUUUAAGAAUGGGAAUUAAUAACAUCUAAGCUGUAAAUUAAUUAACAAUGAGAUGUAAAUCUACUAAAACCUUUCAAUGCAAAUACAUUCUUAGUUUCUUGUUAUCUUCUACUUGGGUAAAUACAAUUCUCCUAAUGCCAAUAAUUUUAAAUUCUGUCCCUGUUAACACACGUGGACCUUUAGGAGUAUGUUGCUUUGCAAUCUAAUAAAACCUUAUUUAGAUUAAUUACAAAAUGAUUUUAGUAAUGAUUAAUGUGAAGAUAAAUGCUGACUUAAUAUUUGAA